AUGUAUGAAGAAAACCUGGACGGUUGCCUUUCAAAUGGCACCGGAAGACGGCCCUCCUCAUACGAAGGCAGCCUAGACAAGCUGUACUCUGAUGUGGUGGUGCACAAGGAGCCAACAAUUGACCGUCGGGUAAAAGAUCCCGAAAUCGAGGCCACCAUGCAUGCCACUGAGAAGGGCGAAACAUUUACCAGGGAAAGCUAUUCGAAGACAUUUAACAAGGCACCGAGAGAUGAAGACAAAUACGGUCGCCCCUUUGACGAAAUCAUCGACCUCUUGAAUUGGGAUGUGGCCAAGAGUGCACGGACAAGUAGAUAUCUGCAACAAUGUAUGCUUGCCGACAUUGAGGCUACAGAGAAGGCAGUCGCUGAAUUGCCCUGGCCUGCUUCACAUUCCCUGGUUGUCCCAGGUGCAUUUGGCGAAUGUGCAGUUAAUGCACCGAGCAGUGUCCGUGGACGGCUUGAUCACGACGAACAUUCUGCGUACAAAGAAGACAGUGACAGUGAGGCGGCGAGUUUGCGAGAAUUCGAAGAACUUUAA